AUGGCAUCGACACUCAACGUCAUCAUCCGCAACGACACUGGGUCGGCACAGCUCUACGCUCACAUCACCGGCCAAGAUGACAAAGGCAUCAUGAUCCUCGGGGCAGAUGGCAAGACCGCAUACCGUCCUGCAAACCCUAGCGGCACUCUCCAGCCGCUCGGUGCCGACUGCGCAAUCCCAGUCGGCGCCUCCGGUUCAUCGAGAACGGUUUCGAUCCCUCGCAUCUCUGGCGCGCGUAUUUGGUUUUGCAAGGAGAAGCCUUUGACCUUUUUCAUCAAUCCCGGCCCUGCACUGGUUGAGCCAUCCGCCACCAAUCCUGCGGACCCUAACUACCAGCUGGACUGGGGAUUUUGCGAAUUUACCUGGAACCAGCAAGAGCUGUACGCCAAUGUCUCCUUUGUCGACUUUGUGAGCCUUCCGAUUUCACUCCAGCUCAAGACCGGAGACGGCAAGAUCAAGACUGUGCCGGGUAUGCCGUCAGACGGACUGGACAAGGUUUGUGCCGCACUCGAGGCACAGGGCAAAAGUGACGGCAAGGGCUGGGACAAGCUGGUGGUCCGGUCUCCGUCAGGAGCUAACAUGCGAGCUCUGAGCCCAAAUUCGGGUGGUGUCUUGGUCAAUGGUCUUUUUAACGGGUACUAUCAGUCAUACGUCGAUGCCGUGUGGAAGAAGUACACGUCUGAGGACCUGACAGUCAAUACGCAGUUUAAAUGGGGUGAUGCCGUCGGUCGUGUCAAGGACGGCAAGCUUACAUUUGGCUCGGUUGGUUCGUUUGGCAAGCCGUCUGCCUCUGAUAUAUUUACCUGUAGCACUGGACCGUUUGCCGCUGGCCCAGGUGUAUCCGACGAAAUGCUCAACCUAGGAGCAAGAAUUGCUGCCGCGUUUAACCGCUCCACGCUCUUGGUGAAUGCGAAGCAGCCCGAGGGUGAAAAGGUAAACACCUAUUACAAAGACGUCGUAACUAAUCACUACUCGCGAAUCUGCCACGAGGUCAGUGUCCAGAGUCGAGGCUACGCGUUCCCUUAUGAUGAUGUCGGGCCAUCUUCUGGCGAAGAUCAGUCUGGUUUCGUCAACGACCCCAAUCCUCAGGAAUUGACAGUGUCCGUUGGCAAGCCUCUCCAAGGAUAG